GUUUUGUGGGUUUUUCCUUUUCUUUUUUUUGUAUUGAGCGGGGAAGUGUCCGGCGAUUUUUGUAUCAUGCCGUAUCAUACUCGAGUACUCGUACCGUGCCUUCGGGGUUACUAUUUUUCUUCAAUAGAAGCUUGGAGUCAAGAUAAGGUGCUGUGGGCGUUUCGCCCACCGACGUCAACGGUCGUAAAGCUAUUAGAUCCCUGAUCCCCGUGUCCGAAAUUCCCGUUCACCCCGCCAUAGAUCACCUUCCUGUUCAUAGUCCUCCACCACCACCAUCUGUCCAUCCAUCCAACUCCUUGCUCGUCUGGUGUUUUCCGCCCUCUGGACCCUCAUUUCUCCCCUUCUUACAGGUACAUACCGUCAUCCUUUCAUUCAACCUCUCCUAUCAUACUCAUUUACCCGUACAUAGCCGUCUCUCACCAUGGCUUCGGAUUCCGACCUUCAACCGAUCGACCCCGCUAAACAUAUCUUCGCUAUCCCGACAAAAAGAAUUCACGUCCAAGAGGACGUUCCGCAUUUUAUCAUCUCGCCGGCUUACAAACUGAUAACAAACUUCAUCCUUCACCUUAAUGCUUCGGCAUCUCCACUGAGCCCUGCAACUGGCGAGCUCCGCAAUCCACAGAACUACACACUGACCUCCCCCACCAUUCAUGUCUCCCCCGAGGUCGACGGCAUCAUCCAACUCAUUCACAAGCUGGAAGCCCUGGUGACCCAAGCUCCACCGGACCCGGGCCCGCGAAGGUUCGGUAACACUGCCUACCGUCAUUGGCACGCUCUCAUCGAGGACGCUCUUGGGGGUCCGAAUAGUCUUCUCGACCAGCACCUACCCGUGUCGGUGCUCUCGCCAGGGGGGAAGGGUGAGAUCACCGCCAAGCAGGAAUUACUCCCAUAUCUUCUCGGUUCAUUCGGAUCCCCCCAACGCCUCGAUUACGGCACCGGGCACGAGCUUUCGUUCUUGGCCUUUCUCUGCGGGAUUUGGGUGCUCGGUGGGUUUCAGGCCGGAAGGGAUGAGCUCGGAUUGGCUCUCAAAUGCCUCGACGCAUAUCUUCAUCUGGUUAGACGGUUGGUGACUACGUACACCCUUGAGCCCGCGGGUUCUCAUGGGGUUUGGGGGCUUGAUGAUCAUUCGUUCCUUCCGUAUAUCUUUGGCAGUGCUGAGUUGACCACCCACCCCCCGACUGAUUCCUCCUCGAGCUCGGCGGUUCUGGCGAACGUGGAGGGGCUGGAAGAUGUGCCGAAGCCUGGGGAUGUGGUUAAGAGUCUUGUCGUUGAGAGGGAGCGUUUGAGAAAUCUUUACUUUGGGGCUAUUGGUUUUAUCUAUGAUGUCAAGAAGGGCCCUUUCUGGGAGCAUAGUCCGAUUUUAUAUGAUAUCUCUGGUGUUCAAGGAGGGUGGGGUAAAAUAAACAAAGUAAGCACUGUCCUAGUGUUUGUGUUUUGACAGGGUUUGCUUACGGUUAUGGUCUAGGGAAUGAUCAAGAUGUUUAAUGCGGAAGUUCUGGGGAAGUUUCCGGUUGUUCAGCACUUCAAGUUUGGGAGUAUUUUCACUUGGGGUGGGCCGGAUAGCUCUGCCAAUACCGCGGCUAUUCCUGCUGGUGCUCAAGCGUCCCGAGCAAGUGGCCCGGGAACCGGGACCGGGGGUGGGGUAGGAGCUAGAUCUGGUCCUAGCUCUGGUCCUGGAACUCGGGCUCCGGAUAAUUUAAUCACCAGCACCGCUGCGCCCUGGGCUAGAAACCCAACGCAGUCUCCUACGAUUGGCUCAAAUACCGAUUUCACCACCCGGGUGCCCUGGGGCAUCCCCGCUUCUACUGUGAAUCAAACCGGAUCCACAGUAGGCCGUUUCCCUACGGAAUCUUCGGGCUCUCGCACCGCUCCCCGCCCAUUACCUGGCAGAGAACCCGGCAUGGAGGAUGCAAGAGCACCAUGGGCUACCGGUGAAGCGGACAAGCAUCCCCCUUCACCAGAUAUCACACAAGCAACCGAGGCAAACCUCGGGCCUAGGAGGACUAGUUCUCCAGACAGCAAGCUUGCUACCAUGGAAGGUGAGGAGGGUAGGCUUAGAAGGGGUAGUGUUGGAACCGGGGGUGUUCGGGUCGCAGAGACAGGAGACCUUAAGAAAAAGUCACCUCCCCCCCACCAAGUUUAA